GGUGUUGAACCCAAUUUAAUAUCGUGGAAUGGUAUGAUUGCGGGGUUUAAUCAUAGUGGUUCAUAUACUGAGGCGGUUUUCAUGUUCCAAAAGAUGCAUUUAGAAGGUUUCCAGCCCGACGGAUGUAGCAUUUCUAGUGUUCUUCCUGCUGUAGGAGACUUGGAGGAUUCAGAUAUGGGUAUCCAAAUUCAUGCCUAUGUAAUUAAGCAGGGUUUGGGAUCAGACAAGUGCGUUGGCAGCGCACUUAUUGAUAUGUAUGGGAAGUGUGCCUGCAGGUUGGAAAUGUCACAAGUUUUUAGUGAAAUGGAGGAAAUGGACAUAGGUGUUUGCAAUGCCUUAGUUACGGGGCUCUCACGAAAUGGUCAAGUUGAUGAUGCUCUGGAGGUAUUCAGGAAAUUUAGGGUCCAAGGGAUGGAACUGAAUGUCGUGUCUUGGACAUCAAUGAUUGCUAGCUGUUCUCAAAAUGGGAAAGAUAUGGAGGCUUUAGAACUUUUCAGAGAGAUGCAGGUCGUGGGGGUGAAGCCAAACUCCGUGACAAUCCCUUGUUUGCUUCCAGCUUGUGGUAAUAUUGCAGCACUAUUGCAUGGGAAGGCAUCCCAUUGCUUCUCUCUUAGAAGGGGGUUCUCUAAUGAUGUGUAUGUGGGCAGCGCAUUAAUUGAUAUGUAUGCAAAGUGUGGAAAAAUCCAAUUGUCUCGGCUUUGUUUUGAGAAAAUGCCCUCCAGAAACUUGGUGUGCUGGAAUGCAAUAAUGGGUGGAUAUGCAAUGCACGGGAAGGCUAAAGAAACUAUGGAGGUUUUUGACUUGAUGCAGAGGACAGGGCAGAAGCCGAAUUUUAUCAGCUUCACUUGUGUAUUAUCUGCCUGCAGCCGGAAUGGCCUGACCAAAGAAGGGUGGUAUUACUUUAAUAGCAUGUCACAAGAGCAUGGUAUCGAAGCUAGAAUGGAGCAUUAUGCUUGCAUGGUAACACUUCUCAGCCGUGUAGGAAAACUUGAAGAGGCUUAUUCUAUGAUCAAGAAUAUGCCAUUUGAACCUGACGCUUGCGUUUGGGGUGCUUUGCUUGGUUCUUGUGGAGUUCACAAUAAUGUGACUUUAGGUGAGGUUGCUGCACGGAAACUCUUUAAGUUAGAACCAAGAAAUCCAGGGAACUACAUACUUCUGUCAAACAUUUAUGCUUCCAAGGGCAAGUGGAUCGAAGUGGAUAAAGUAAGGGAUACGAUGAGGAGUAUGGGUUUGAGGAAGAAUCCUGGCUGUAGUUGGAUUGAGGUCAAGAACAAGGUACACAUGCUUCUUGCGGGAGACAAAUUGCACCCUCAAAUGGACCAAAUCAUUGAGAAGUUAAAUAAAUUGAGCAUGGAGAUGAAGAAAUCGGGUUACUUUCCUAAUACCAACUUUGUUCUCCAAGAUGUGGAUGAACAGGACAAAGAGCAGAUUUUAUGUGGGCACAGUGAGAAGUUAGCAGUAGUUUUGGGGCUUCUGAACACUAGUCCAGGUUCUCCUCUUAGGGUCAUUAAGAAUCUAAGAAUAUGUGGUGACUGCCAUAAUGUUAUAAAAUUUAUAUCCAGCUUUGAAGGGAGGGAGAUUUCUGUCAGGGACACCAACCGCUUUCAUCAUUUCAAAGACGGAGCUUGUUCUUGUGGGGAUUAUUGGUAAACUUCUGAAAUGGCCAGCUGUGAAAAGCUAGUUCACACCAUAGAGUAUUUUUCGGCUAAACAAAACAUCGAGAUGAGAUGAAGGGAGAUGAAGUGCAUUGACCCUAAACCUGAAGGUUGAUGUGUCAACUGCUAAAUGGUGUGCACAAAACAGGGGUUUUGUUCAUCGACCACAUUGAAGAUAUUCUCUUUUCAGAAACAUUCAACGCUUUGCUCCCAGAGGCUUGAAAUCCCACCCUUCCAUCCUCAGAUCGUUUGGGCUUGAAGGACCAUUUUCUGUGCUCGUUUCGAUCACCCACCUAGGAAUUUUCUAUCCAAAAGAAACACUUUUUGGAUUGAAUUAUCGAGAGGUGAAAUGCCAGUGAUAAUGUAGGAUUUCUGCAUUGCUAUUGCACCUAGUACAUCUACUCAAUCAUGCUGGAACACAGUUAUGCCGGAGUCUAAGCAGUGCGAAUUAUUGUGUACAACAUGGUGCUAAACAGGUGGAACUUAUUACAAAAUCCUCUAAAAAAUUGUUAUUUCAGAUUGUGUUCCACAGACAUGUCUAAGUAUUGGAUUGCUUGCGCAACAUAUGGAUGGCUUUCUUUAUGGAAUUGCAAAAGCUUCGGUCUACAUAUCACUGGUGAUGUGUCCACUUCUCUACCCUUCUUGAUAUCAGAUACAAUUUCUUAUUCAAGUUAGAGAUUAAUUGAGUACAUAGAAGAAUCUUUGUUAGAAGCCUGAGAUAGCCUUUUUGGCUCUUAGCCUUGCUGCAAAAUUUUAGCUGACACUCUACUUUAUUUUUGCCCCUCUUGUUGUUUCAAUCUAUGGAUAUUGGAGAGUUUAGUGUAGAGCUCUGUUUGUCUUUUUGUCUCGCUAA